UUACCAGUCCCACCUGGGUUUGUUAAAGCGAUAGGCCCCACGGCGCGCUAGGUCUCCACCGGGCACCGCACAGCGGCUGCGGGGCCCUCGGCGUGCCGCGGGCGCCCGUGACAGCGGCGCCGCUCUGCUCGCCACGCCGGCUCCGGACACCUGCCGACCUCCCCGGCGCGGCCGCAUCGCCCGGCGGGAUGGGCGGCGAGGCAGGGUCCGCGGCGGCCGUGGGCUCCGAGGGCCGCGUGAAGAGCCUGGGUCUGGUAUUCGAGGAUGAGCGCAAGGGCUGCUACUCGAGCGGCGAGACGGUGGCGGGACACGUGCUGCUGGAGGCGGCCGAGCCGGUGGCCCUGCGGGCGCUGCGCCUGGAGGCCCACGGCCGAGCCACCGCCGCCUGGGGCCCGAGCCCCGGCGCCGCCGCCCCCGCCGCCGCGUCGGAGGUGGAGUACCUGAACGUGCGCCUGAGCCUGCGCGAGCCCCCGGCUGGUGAAGGCAUCCUCUUAUUACAGCCUGGAAAACAUGAAUUUCCAUUUAGCUUUCAGCUUCCAUCUGAACCUUUAGUAACCUCAUUCAGCGGGAAAUACGGAAGUAUUCAGUACUGCGUGAGAGCAGUUUUGGAACGACCCAAGGUACCUGAUCAGAGUGUGAAGCGGGAACUUCAGGUUAUUAGUCACAUCGAUGUCAACACACCAGCAUUAUUAACCCCUGUAUUGAAAACUCAAGAGAAAAUGGUUGGCUGUUGGUUUUUCACUUCUGGUCCAGUCUCGCUGAGUGCCAAAAUUGAAAGGAAGGGAUACUGUAAUGGAGAAGCUAUUCCAAUCUAUGCGGAGAUAGAGAAUUGUUCCUCCCGCCUCAUCGUUCCCAAAGCUGCCAUUUUCCAGACGCAGACGUAUUUGGCCAGCGGGAAGACAAAGACCGUCCGGCACAUGGUCGCCAACGUGCGAGGAAACCACAUCGCCUCUGGGGGCACCGACACGUGGCACGGGAAGACUCUAAAAAUUCCGCCUGUUACUCCGUCCAUCCUGGAUUGCUGCAUUAUCAGAGUAGACUAUUCCUUAGCUGUGUAUAUUCACAUCCCUGGUGCUAAAAAACUGAUGCUCGAGCUGCCCUUAGUGAUUGGCACAAUCCCAUAUAACGGUUUUGGGAGCAGAAACUCGAGCACCGCCAGCCGGUUCAGCAUGGACAUGAGCUGGCUGACGCUGACGCUGCCAGAGCAGCCGGAAGCGCCACCCAAUUAUGCAGACGUGGUGUCCGAGGAAGAAUUCUCUCGACACGUGCCUCCUUACCCUCAGCCCCCUGACUGUGAGGGAGAAGCAUGCUGCCCUGUGUUUGCCUGCGUACAGCAAUUCCGCUUCCAGCCUCCCCCUCUCUAUUCAGAGGUUGAUCCUCACCCCGCUGAUGUAGAAGAGACCCAGCCUGUGUCCUUCAUUCUCUGAAAAAAUUCCAGAAAUCACUGUGUUCAUCAUCCGAUUAGAAUGUUGGUUCUUCCCCCACUGCCUUUAUGGAAAGAGGGAGAGAAGGUUAGGGGAAGGACAUACACGAACAUCAAGAUUGAAGGUGAUAGAAAUUUGAAGAAUGCAUGAACUUUCCAGUGGGCUGACAAGAAUGCGUUGCACAAAUGUACGAUAGGGUCAUGUGUCCCCUUUAAAUGAUCCAAUGAAGAUGUGACAAGUCACAGAACGUAAUGGAAGUCCUGGUGGUGAGAGAGUAAGUGAAGGGUGUCUGCGCUUGAUCCAAGAGAACAGAAUCCAUGUGGGUGGUGGAAACACUAGACUAAACAGGUUUCUCCAGGUGGAACAGAAGUUACCCUAAACUUUAAGGAAAUAUGGACUCGUUGGGAGCCUUGAUCUUGAAGAAGGUAGCAGCACAGAGGUGUGUAUAAAUAGGAAAAAGGUCCACUCUAAAUACGAAGUGACCCUCAACACGUCGGGAUCUUCAUGAUUUCUCCCCAGGUCCCAUAGAACUGAAGUUCUUGAGAGAAUCUUUUUAUGAGGUCCUAAUGAAGGAAUACAGUUUCAUAUUGUAAAUCAGCUGUACAGUAUUAUGAAACCAAGAAAGAGUUCCUUGCAAGGCAUGUCCGUUCAGAGGGGAAAGAUGAAUUUCAGUUCGAGAACACAUUUUGUGGAAGGCUGUACUUUUUACCCCCUUCAAGUACUCUGUUAGGGUAUGUGUUUGAUUUUCCCCGUGUCUUAAUUACCUAAGAUCAUAGUAGAAAAAGAAAGGGGGAGAAAAAAAAAGGUUGCAUCCUCAGGAUACCUCCAUAACUACACAGAACAAAACCAAAACAACAAAAGCCUCUCUUAACCUACCUCUAGUGGGGUUAUCAGAAUCCUUUUAAAACACCAGGCGUGAUAAGCCUUCCGUGGAGUUCCUGCUAAUUGGCAGUCCCAAUCUUAUCUCGCCGAUCGCUAAAUCCGCAGGUGGACCGAGGGAAAAAUCUAUAAGGUUAGCAUUAGAUGAAAGUUAAUAGAUGUAUACCAAAGGGUAUUUCGAAAUAAAUGCAGAAUCAAAAGAGGGUACAAAUUUUGAGGGUACCAUUUAAAAAACAAAAACUUAAUUCCUGCCUAGAGACUUCAGUCUACUGACGGCAGUCACCAGGCUGUACGUUAUUAUUCCAACUCUUUAGUAAUUCUAUUUAAACUGUGAUUUUUUUUUCUUUAUUGUCUUGGUGCAAUAUUUUAUUAUCAUUUAACCUCAGGAUAUUCCGACCGACAAGAUUGUGUUGCCGCUGAAAGCCUGAGCAGUGUUCUUCCUGUCCCCCUGUUCCCCAUUCUUCCUGGUCACGUGCUCACUUGCUCGUCCUUUGAUCUGUUAGUUUCGUGAGCCGAGAGCACCCCGGACACCGCAUGGAAGGGAGGUAGGGAUUCCCGCGGGAGAGAUUUUGGACCAGCCAAGUACUUUGGUUUUCUCCACGUCCUGCGGGUUCGACCCAGAAACCCUGGUGCUUCCAUGCAGAACACCACACUUCAUUCGCCAGAACGAGUCCUCUUUUCUUUCCGUCAGCGUACAUUCAGUCACGAGUGUGAAAGCUCUUUUUCUAAGGUUAAGUUUUGUAUUUAGAGUUAGUCGGCCCUCCGAUCAGGGAUUUUUCUACAAGCAUGAGGUAGAUGCAGACUUUUCGCCCUUCCGGACAUACCUCUCUUUGUAAUCACAUGAGCACCUGCAGCAGGUUUUUCUCACCGUAAGCCACUGUGUAAAAUCACAACACACAACUGUUACACUGAUAAUGGUGGUACCGAAAUCGUCACACCCCGUUCAUUCCCUGCUUUGGUUUUUACUGUGUUGUGGGGUUUUUUGUUUUGUUUUGUUCUUGUUUUGCUUUGUUCUUGGUGUUUUUAAGCAGGUAACGUGUACUUAAGUGCUGUCAGAACAAUUUUGCUUUUACUUUAAAAAACAAAAAAAGGCCACCUUCAGCCGUUUCUUGACUUCUGAGUUGUAGUUUACAUGCCUUGUCACGAUACCAAAACACAAUGAUUACCAAGACACAGUGAAAGACACAAAGCGAAAGGUGUGAAGGAAGAGAAAGUCGAGCUGUUUGGCCCCACGUGGAAAAGCCAAGUAGUUGACUCCCGACUGCUUCGCACGCUCCUUCACUAGGAUUGUUUUGUCACCUGUAUUAGAGAAAUCAUGAAACGUGCUCCCCAAAUGAAAGCACAGCUGAUGUCGUAGCACUUAACAGAGUAGCCGAAAGGGAUGAUUCGCCUUAUCGAGUUGGUAUCCGCCCAUCUGACCUUAAGCAGUAGGUUGAAACUGCAUACCUUUCUAUAAUCAAGACAUUAUUUUCCGAAUGUAGAGAAGUCUACAUUGGAACGGAGUUCUUGGGAAUGAAGAUAAAAAUGCAGCUGCUAUUGCUUGUUUAUUCUGUUGUUUAGUUUGCAGAGAAACCGUGGCCUUAGAAUUUUCUUUUUGAUGCAAACAUUGUGACAUUGAAAAUGUGCAUCUUCGGGCACACAAAAUCCUUCCGUGGGCGGAACUUUAAUUUUGAUGUUUUUGUUUUGCACAAUAAGAAACUCAAUAGGCAGGGGUUUUGUUUUUGAUAAGUUAACUAUGAAAGCUUUUUUAUUUUUAUUAUUAAAAAUGUAACAGUUUAACCCACAGGAAAAAAAAAUAAAGAUUGUAUUUUGUACUCUGGUUUGAACCCCAUGGGUUCCUUUUGUUAAUAAAAUGAUGACACUAA